AUGAGGCCGCUCCUUCUCCUGUGUUUUGUCUUGCCCAGCAUCCUGUGUGCCCAGCAAGCCUGCUCCCGUGGGGCCUGCUAUCCACCCAUUGGGGACCUGCUCAUUGGGAGGACCCGGUUUCUCCGAGCUUCAUCUACCUGUGGCCUGGCCAAGCCUGAGACCUACUGCGUCCAGUAUGGAGAGUGGCAGAUGAAAUGCUGCAAGUGUGACUCCAGGUUGCCUCACAAUUACAACAGUCACCGAGUGGAGAAUGUGGUCUCAUCCUCGGGCCCCAUGCGCUGGUGGCAGUCACAGAACGAUGUGAGCCCUGUCUCUCUGCAGCUGGACCUAGACAGGAAAUUCCAGCUUCAGGACCUCAUGAUGGAUUUUAAGGGGCCCAUGCCUGCUGGCAUGCUGAUCGAGCGCUCCUCGGACUUCGGCAAGACCUGGCAGGUGUACCAAUACCUAGCUGCUGACUGCACGUCUGCCUUCCCCCGGGUCCGCCAGGGCCAGCCUCAGAGCUGGCAGGAUGCUCGGUGCCAGCCUCUGCCCCAGAGGCCUAACGGGCGCCUGGAUGGGGCCAAGGUCCAACUUAACCUUAUGGACUUAGCCUCUGGGAUCCCAGCAACUCAAAGUCAAAAAAUUCAAGAGCUGGGGGAGAUCACAAACUUGAGAGUCAACUUCACCAGGCUGGCCCCUGUGCCCCAGAGGGGCUAUCACCCUCCCAGCGCCUACUAUGCUGUUUCCCAGCUGCGUCUGCAGGGGAGCUGUUUCUGUCACGGCCAUGCUGACCGCUGUGCCCCCAAUUCCAGAGCCCCUGCCGGCCCCUCCACCACUGUGCAGGUCCAUGAGGUCUGCGCCUGCCAGCACAACACCGCCGGCCCCAACUGUGAACACUGUGCACCCUUCUACAACAACAGACCCUGGAAACCCGCAGAUGACCAGGACCCCCAUGAAUGCCAAAGGUGUGACUGCAACGGACACUCAGAGACAUGUCACUUCGACCCAGCCGUGUUUGCCGCCAGCCAGGGGGCACAUGGAGGUGUGUGUGACAACUGCCAGCACCACACUGAGGGCAAGAACUGUGAGCGGUGUCAGCUACACUAUUUCCGGAACCGGCGUCCUGGUGCUCCCAUUCAGGAGACCUGUAUCCCCUGUGAGUGUGAUCCAGAUGGGGCAGUGCCAGGAGCGCCCUGUGACCCAGUGACCGGGCAGUGUGUGUGCAAGGAGCAAGUGCAGGGGGAACGCUGUGACCUGUGCAAGCCGGGAUUUACAGGACUCACCUAUGCCAACCCGCAGGGCUGCCACCGCUGUGACUGCAGCGUCCUGGGUGCCCGGCGGGACAUGCCGUGUGAUGAGGAGAGUGGACGCUGCCUGUGUCUGCCCCACGUGGUGGGCCCCAAAUGUGACCAGUGCGCUCGCUACCACUGGAAGCUGGCCAGUGGCCGGGGCUGCGAGCCAUGUGCCUGCGACCUGCACAACUCCCUCAGCCCCCAGUGCAACGAGUUCACAGGGCAGUGCCCCUGUAAGGAAGGAUUUGGUGGCCUGACCUGCAGCGCUGCAGCCAUCCGCCAGUGUCCUGACAGGACCUACAGAGAUGCAGCUGUGGGAUGCCGAGCCUGUGACUGUGACUUCCGGGGAACGGAGGGACCAGGCUGCGACAAGGCCUCGGGCCACUGUCUCUGCCGCCCUGGCUCGACCGGGCCACGCUGUGACCAGUGCCAGCGAGGCUACUGUGACCGCUACCCGGUGUGUGUGGCCUGCCACCCCUGCUUCCAGACCUACGACGCCGGCCUCCGGGAGCGGGCCCUCCGCCUCAGCAGCCUCCGCAAUGCCACCACCAGCCUGCGGCCCGGGCCGGGCCUGGAGGACCGCGGCCUGGUGUCCCGGAUGCUGGACACAAAGAACAAGCUGGAGCAGACCCAAGCCAUCCUCGGCGGCGCCUCGGUCACGGAGCAGGAGGUGGCCCAGGUGGCCAAUGCCAUCGUCUCCAUCAGGCAGACUCUCCAGGGCCUGCAGGUGGAUCUGCCCCUAGAGCAGGAGGCCUUGUCCCUCCCGGGAGACCUGGAGAAUCUGGACAGAAGCUUCAAUCGCCUCCUCAUUAUGUAUCAGAGCAAGAGGGAACAGUUUGAAAAAAUAAGCAGUGCCGAUCCUUCAGGAGCCUUCCGGAUGCUGACCGCGGCCCACCAGCGGUCAUCCCAGGCUGCUCAGCAGGUCGCGGACAGUUCCCGCUGGCUGCUGCAGCUCAGGGACAGCCGGAGAGAGGCAGAGAGGCUGGAGCAGCAGCUGGGAGAGGCAGGAGGCGCCGGUGGCCCCCAGCUCGCGGCCCUAAGGCUGCAGAUGGCUUCCUUGCCUGAUCUGACACCCACCGCCAACAAGCUCUGUGGGGGCCGCAGGGAGAUGGCUUGCACCUCGGAAGCAUGCCCUGGGGAGCUGUGUCCCCGAGACAACGGCACGGCCUGUGGCUCCCACUGCAGGGGUGCUCUCCCCAGGGCAGGCGGGGCCUUCCGGACGGCAGGGCAGGUGGCCGAGCAGCUGCGGGGCUUCAACACCCAGCUCCAGCAGACCCGGCAGAUGAUCAGGGCAGCCGAGGAAGACACCUUGCAGGUGCAGUCAGAUGCUCAGAGCCUGGAGAUGCAGGUGAGCACCAGCCGCUCCCAGAUGGAGGAAGACGUCACACGCACGCGGCUCCUCAUCCAGCAGGUCCGGGACUUCCUCUCAGACCCUGACACUGACAUAGCCACCAUCCAGGAGGUCAGUGAGGCCGUGCUGGCCCUGUGGCUGCCCACAGACUCUGCCACAGUCCUGCGGAAGAUGAAUGAGAUCCAGGCCAUCGCAGCCAGGCUCCCCAACGUGGACCUGGUGCUUUCUCAGACCAAGCAGGACAUCGCUCGGGCUCGCAGGCUCCAGGCUGAGGCUGAGCAGGCCAGGAGCCGAGCCCACACAGUGGAGGGCCAUGUAGAGGAUGUGCUGGGGAACCUGCGACAAGGCACGCUGGCACUGCAGGAGGCCCAGGACACCAUGCAAGGCACCCGCCGCUCCCUUCAGCUUAUCCAAGACAGGGUUGCUGAGGUUCAGCAGGUGCUGGGGCCAGCGGAAAGACUGGUGACCGGCCUGAUGGAGCAGCUGGGUGGCUUCCGAGCACGGAUGGAGGAGCUCGGCCGCCAGGCCAGGCAGCAGCGGGCGCAGGCAGCCCAGGCCCAACAGCUGGCAGAGGAGGCCAGCAAGCAGGCACUGAGUGCCCAGGAGGGAUUUGAGAGAAUAAAGCAAAAAUAUGCUGAGUUGAAGGACCGGUUGGGUCGGAGCCCCAUGCUGGGCAAGCAGGGCAGCCGGAUCCUGAGCAUCAAGAUGGAGGCGGAGGAACUGUUUGGGGAAACCAUGGAGAUGAUGGACAGGAUGAAAGACAUGGAGUCGGAGCUGCUUCGGGGGAGCCAGGCCAUCAUGCUUCGCUCGGCGGACCUGGCGGGGCUGAAGAAGCACGUGGAGCAGAUCCGGAACCACAUCAACGGGCGCGUGCUCUACUACGCCACCUGCAGGUGA